AAUGAGAGAAGGUCGGCGGGUGGGGAAUGGGAACGGUGCCGGAUUGUGGGAACGACAGCGGUGGUCGGACGGUUGGUGGGCUUGACGGCAAUUCAAGUGACGGACACUGGUUGAAAUUGGCUUUAGGGUUAUAAAUGUCAAUUUAGUACAAUUUAGGGCGAAAUAAUUUAAAUUUUAGGGCGACGAAUAGCGAUUCAGAGUAACUAACCUUCAGAGUGCUACUAUGCUUUGCUGUCUAACAAUUCCAUAAUUAAAUUAAAGAUGCGCCUUUCCCUUUUUCUCUUCCUUCGUCUCACGUUUUCUUCUCUGUCACUCAAAUUCUUACCCGUUCAUCGUCAUCUUCCCUUCCUCCGGCGGCAAUUCUCUGCUUCCUUCCUUACUAUGAAUCGCCGUAUCUUUUCUUUCCCCCUUCUGCGAUCAAAGCAAAGGGAAGUAGCCUUUAGAUGUCCGAUAUCUUCUCUCUUUAGUUUCCAUUGUAGGUUUAUCCUAUUGUUUUUAGUUUUAUUAAAAUAAUAAUAAAGAUAAAUCAGUCAAUCAUAACAAACCUUAUUCUCACCCUCCGUCCUCCGAGGCUCCGACGCGUAAUAGAAUCGCAGCUCCAUUAUUCUCUUUCUCUCUCGCCCCAUGGACGGCGGCUGCGACGGCGGUUGCUUUCUGUGCACGGUUUCUGUUGCGGCGAGGUAGUGAUUGUUGUUGGCCUGGAACGCAGCACCGACGGGUAGCAGACAAACGAAUCUCAGUUUGAGGCCCGUUUGGUUUUGAUUUCUUCCAUUGUAAGUUUAGUUUUGGUUUCGAUUUGGAGAAUUCGUGAAGCCGGGGAAAGAGCAAAAAAGAUCGCCGGGGAGAAGAAGGAAAAUAAAGAAAAUGAAUCUGCGGAACGUGGUGAUAGGGAUGCUCUUCAUCACUGUGAUUGCUCCCAUCGCUCUUUACACUGACCGAUUCGCCGCCUUCGCUCCUUCUUCCUCUCGAAUCGAUUUCUUUGAAGACGUCACUUCAUUCACUCUUCCAGCUGAUUCUGGCCGUCUCAACGUGUUACCUCAGGAGUUGUCCACUGUUUUUAAGGACCCUAUUGGGGUUGUUUACACCACCAACACCAACUCCACCCAAGAAGAGGUGGCGUCGUCAUCCGAUGAUGGAAUUAUUCAAGAUUCAAUUGCAGCAGCAGGAGCAGAUUCGCAAUCUCAAGCUGUGAGAGAGCACAAAUCUAGAGUGUUGUCGGCGACUGAUGAACAAGUGCAAUCUCAAACAGAUGCUGUCAUCAGACGGGUCACUGAUAGUGCCAUUGCUCAGCAGGAAUCAAGGAGUGAUGGCACGGAUGCUGCCUCCAACUCCAAGGAUCCUAAAUCCUUGGCUUCCAACGUUGUUACCCAACGUGCAUCUCAAGAUCCGCCUGAGCGAAAACCAGGGGUGAAACCUGGCAAAGCUAGCGAAAAGGAUCACUUGAAACCUAAAGUGGGUAAACAGACGGAUCAAAAUGCUAUGUCAGAUGCUCGGGUACGUCAAUUAAGAGACCAGCUAAUUAGGGCAAAGGUGUACCUGUCACUUCCUGCAACAAAGAAUAAUCAACACUAUACGAGAGAGCUCAGAUUACGGAUCAAGGAAGUUGCACGUGUCCUUGGCGAAGCAACGAGAGACUCAGAGCUGCCCAAAAAUGCAAAUGAUAAAUUGAGGACAAUGGAGCAGUCCCUAACAAAAGGCAAGCAGAUACAAGAUGACUGUGCUAUUUGGGUGAAAAAGCUCCGCGCUAUGCUGCACUCCACGGAGGAGCAGCUCCGUGUGCAUAAAAAGCAGACCAUGUUCUUGACUCAGUUAACUGCAAAAACCCUCCCUAAGGGUCUCCACUGCUUUCCUUUGCGCCUGACAACUGAGUAUUAUUCAUUGAACACUUCUCAGCAACAGUUCCCAAAUCAGGAGAAAUUGGAAGAUCCUCUGCUGUAUCAUUCUGCUUUAUUCUCAGAUAAUGUUUUGGCAGCUGCAGUUGUGCUGAACUCUACCAUUACACAUGCCAAGGAGCCUUCAAAGCAUGUUUUCCACAUUGUUACGGAUAGGCUCAAUUAUGCUGCAAUGAGGAUGUGGUUUCUAGUGAAUCCACCUGGCAAAGCAACUGUUCAAGUUCAGAAUAUCGAGGAGUUCACUUGGUUAAAUGCAAGUUACAGUCCUGUUCUGAAGCAGUUGGGAUCUCCAUCUAUGAUAGAUUACUACUUUAGGUCACAUCGAGCUAGCUCGGAUUCGAAUCUGAAGUAUCGGAAUCCCAAGUACUUGUCCAUCUUGAACCAUCUGCGGUUUUACCUGCCAGAGAUAUUCCCAAAGUUGAACAAGCUGCUGUUUGUUGAUGAUGAUAUAGUAGUGCAGAAGGAUCUUGCUGCUCUUUGGUCCCUUGAUUUGAGAGGUAAUGUGAAUGGUGCAGUGGAGACUUGUGGAGAGAGCUUCCAUCGUUUUGAUCGGUAUCUCAACUUCUCCAAUCCUCUGAUCUCUAAGAACUUUGAUCCGCAUGCGUGUGGAUGGGCAUACGGGAUGAACGUCUUUGAUUUGGAUCAGUGGAGAAGGCAAAACAUCACUGAAGUGUAUCACAAGUGGCAGAAGCUGAAUCAUGACAGAUCGUUGUGGAAGUUGGGAACGCUGCCACCAGGUUUGAUUACAUUCUGGAAACGAACCUACUCAUUGGAGCGAUCGUGGCAUGUGCUGGGGCUGGGGUACAACCCAAGCGUGAAUCAGAAGGAGAUAGAGAGGGCGGCAGUGAUACACUAUAACGGCAACAUGAAGCCGUGGCUGGAGAUAGGAUUGCCCAAGUACAGGGGGCACUGGGCGAAGUAUGUAGACUACGAGCACCCAUAUUUGAGGGAAUGCAACAUCAACCCUUGAAGACAGAUAGGCAAGGCGCUAAAAUGGUUGCUCUGUAGGGGCAGGGCAGGAGAAGGAGGAGCCGAGAGAGUGAGUACCUAUUCUUUUCCUUGUACACAAUUUGUGUGUAUGCCUUACUUUUUAAUAUCUUUUUCUUUGGGGGUGUCUGUUUUAGUUUUUGGUUUCCCACUCCUGAGUAGAUUGAUUGAGCAGAGACAGAGAGCAUGCAAUGCAAAAAGUUUGAUGAAAGUUUUUGGAGUAGGAGGGGGAACGAGUACUAGUCGGUGGUGUAUUUUGUAAAUUGGAAGAAGAUUCAUGGUUGGUUGGGAAGAGAGGAAAGAGAUGCGCGGUACAAUGAAAUCAUAAACGAGCCGUAAGUUGAUGCUUUGUGCUUUGCCAGGCAAAUGAGUUUGUUGAGUAAUCUUUGCGGGAAAGAAUUCUAGUUGUAUUUUGCAAUUGCAUUUCCAGCGAGUUUAAGUAGGUGCGUGCAGACAGGGGCCAGUAAUGACCACUUGUACAUACAUACAGAUGCACCUAAAUAUAGAUGGAGUUCGAUAACGAACCUUGGGGCCACUUUCACAGACUGGUUAUGGGUGGCUGUCUUGGAUUGCCAAUUUCACAUUGUAGUGGUCCAAUCGGUAUUGAACCGUUAAAAAAGCAAUUGGUGGCUUAUAGUUAAUAAAGUUAUAAGUAGAAAACACAU